GUAUUUUUUUUAUUACUAUUGGUGUUAAAAUCUAAAUUACCAUAAGUAAUGUCAUGAAUAUUAAAAUCUCCAAUGACAUAAGUAUUGUUAAUGCUAGUAAUUUAUUCCUGUAAAAAAUUAAACGCCAAUUCAUAGAGACCCGUGAAACUAUUCGGUGGUCAUUAACAAUGAGAUAAAACUAAAUGUAAAGGUGGAAUUGGUUCUUUUGAUGUGAGAAUACCUAAUUUAGUCGAUACGAUGAAUCAACGACAAAUGAUAUGGUUAUUUUUCACACUAGCUUUAUUUGUACACUCUCCAAUUGCAAAUGGGCAAGGCUACGUUUUCUUAGGUGAUUUAAUUACUUUUAUAAUCAACUUUACAAGGAUUCAAUCUUCAAUUUUUCCGCUCUAUCCAGACUUUGAGGAAUCAGACGAUCAUUACGAUUUUAUAGUAAUUGGUUCAGGUCCAUCAGGAACAGUAUUAGCAAACAGAUUAACAACAAAUCCUAAAGUGAGGGUCCUUUUAUUAGAAAAUGGUGAAGAAGCCAGUGCAAUAACCGAUAUUCCAAUAUUGGCGGGAGCUCUUGGUCCUACUAAAUACAAUUAUGGCUACAGGACACAACCACAACCAGGAUUUUGCCGAGGUUGCACAAAAAAGAGCAUAGCCUGGGAACAUGGUAACGCCCUUGGGGGGAGCAGUAUUAUCAACUACAUGCUUUAUGUUCGAGGCAACAGACGUGAUUACGAUAGGUGGGCUGAUUUAGGAAAUCCAGGUUGGUCGUAUGACGAUCUCUUACCUUAUUUCAUAAAAGUGGAGGAUAGUCAUGUUGCAAAAGGUGAACCUGGGUACAGAGGAACAGGAGGCUACUUAACUGUAAACGAUGUUAAAUGGCAUACAAAACUAAGAGACGUAUACGUCGAAGCUUGCCAGGAACUUGGUUAUAAAUAUGUUGAUUAUAAUGGAAAAGAACAAAUUGGAGUAUCUAAUAUACAAGCCACUACUAGAAGCGGGCUACGAUGCAGUGCAGAAAAAUCAUAUCUGAGACCAGUGCGCAAUAGAUCUAAUUUAAAAAUCAAAACACAAUCCAAAGUAACAAAAAUUUUGAUUGAUCCAAAUACUAAAGUAGCAUAUGGUGUAGAAUAUUAUCAUAAAAAUAAACCGUAUAAUGCGUUCGCUACCAAGGAAGUCCUUUGUUCAGCUGGUGCUUUGAAUUCUCCUCAAGUUCUUAUGCUUUCUGGAAUUGGCCCAAGAGAUCAACUGGAACCAUUAGACAUACCAGUUAUUAAAGAAUUACCAGUUGGAAAGAAGAUGUACGACCACGCUACUUUUCCUGCAAUCAUCUACCAAUUUAAUGAAAGUAUUGCCAUAAAUACUAUUGCAGAAUUAGCCAAUCCAUUAACAUACUUAGAAUUUCCAUUUGGAGAUGGGAUUUUAACCUCACCAGGUGGAGUUGAAGCAGUUACUUAUGUAAAAGUAAAUAUUUCAACUGAUCCCGAUCCUUUGUAUCCUGAUAUUGAAUUGCUCAUGGUUGGUGGAUCUUUGGCCUCAGAUUUUGGUACAAUUUUCAGAAAAAUGUUUAACGUUCCUCCUUUAAUUUUUAACAAAAUAUUUAAACCUUUAAUAGGAAAGUUCGUUUAUCAGGUAACGCCAAUACUAUUGCAUCCAAAAUCUUAUGGAUCUAUUCAACUAAAAUCAAAAUCUCCUUUUGAUCCACCAUUAUUUUUUGCAAAUUAUUUUGACCAUCCAGAGGAUAUUAAAAUCUUCAUUGCAGGAAUUAGAGAAUUUCAAAGAAUAAACACAGCUCCUUCAUUCGCAAGAUAUAACACAAAACUAGUAACAACUCCUAUUCCAGGUUGUGAAACUGAAACAUUUGAUACAGAUGAAUAUUGGGAAUGUGGUUUGAGAACAAUUAUCGGUAGUUACUACCAUCAAGUCGCUACUUGUAAAAUGGGCCCUUCAGACGACAUAGAAGCAGUGGUGGAUAACGAACUAAGAGUAUAUGGAAUCAAGAAUCUGAGAGUAGUUGACACAAGUGUUAUUCCAAUUCCUCCAUCAUCACAUAAUGUUGCGCCAGCUUACGUCAUUGGAGAGAAAGCAGCUGAUUUGAUUAAAAAAACGUGGAAUAUAUAAUUUAGUUAGAUAAACGUUGGUACCUGUAUUAAUUUUAUUUAAUAUAAUUUAAAAGCAUG